ACUAAAUCUAAUAAACAGCCGCCCGAGGAACAAGUCCAAAACAUCCGCAUGUCAAUAUCCUCAGAUAUCAUCUCGAUCGUCGCCAAACAAUUACUCUUUCUUCAAUUAAUCCCACUAUUUUGAAUUUUCUCUGUUACCGUUCUAGAUUCGCCAACACUCUCUGCAAGAUCUGCUUAUCGAUUUCACUUACAGAGCGAGGUAGAGAGAUCUAUGGCAAGCGGAGGUGGGUAUGGUGAUGCUAGCCAGAAGAUCGACUAUGUAUUCAAAGUGGUGCUAAUCGGAGACUCUGCGGUGGGUAAAUCACAGAUACUUGCUCGCUUUGCUAGAAACGAGUUCAGUUUAGAUUCCAAAGCUACUAUCGGUGUCGAGUUCCAAACUCGAACCCUCGUUAUUCAACACAAGUCUGUUAAAGCUCAGAUCUGGGACACUGCUGGUCAAGAACGGUACAGAGCAGUAACAAGUGCAUACUACCGUGGUGCAGUAGGGGCAAUGUUGGUAUACGACAUAACAAAACGCCAAACAUUUGAUCACAUUCCAAGGUGGCUAGAAGAGCUAAGAAACCAUGCAGACAAAAACAUUGUCAUCAUUUUAAUUGGAAACAAAAGUGAUUUAGAAGAUCAAAGAUCAGUUCCAACAGAGGACGCCAAAGAAUUUGCUCAAAAAGAAGGAUUGUUCUUUCUAGAAACAUCUGCUCUUGAAUCAACAAAUAUGAAGAACAGAAUGGGAAUACUGGAAAUUUGGCUGGAAAGAAGAUUAUUGUUCCGGGUCCCGCUCAAGUGA